UAACUCUUUUUCACUUUAUUUAAUUUUUUUUUUGGAUAAAAAAAAUAUAUCGAAAUCUACUACAAUAUAAACAAAUCAAACAGAUCCACAACCGUUUGAACCGGUUCGUUGACAGCCAAAAAUCAAAGGACGCCGCCUCUGUCAGCUGUUUCACCGGUUCGUUGAUUUGCCAGAGCCAGAUCCCGUUGGUCAACUAGCUUUUGUUUAAUUCGUGUUGUUUUGCUAUUUUUUUCACAUAUAAAUCCAAAGCAAAAUAAAACACAAAAAUAAUAUCAAAUGAAUUGAAUAAUUUAAUAAAAUUCAAAAAUAAUUAGAUAAAGAAAUACAAAACCACCAUCAAAAGAAAAAAGAAGCAAAAAGAGUUGUCCAAAAAGAAGCAAAAACAAACUAUUUCUGUCUACGCGCAGAAUUUACAGUUGCGGUAUUAUUCUAUGGUCUACGACAAAUACGAAAAAAUGAUUGAUGAACAACUUAUUGACGAAGUUGAACAACAUGGAGUUAUUUAUAAUCGUCAGAAAUAUUGCAUCAAUAUGGGAGCGGGAGGAGGAGCUGGAAUUGGUAGCGGCUGCAGCAGCAGCGGAGUCAACAAGUACGAAACGAAAGAUGAAGCUUGGCAGGAAAUUGCAGUCAAUUUAAGAUCGGAUGUUGAAACAUGCAAAAAACGUUGGAAAUACCUUCGAGAGCGUUAUGUCUCUCAACGCAAACAAGGAGAUCCACCAGUUUACGAACAUCUCUCUCGUCCAUAUUUGGAAAAAAUGAAAUUCCUAGACCAACAUAUUCAACCACGCAAAUCCUAUCGCAAUGUAUCAAGUUUCCUAACAUCACCGAAUGCCAGCAAUUCAUUUUGCGAAUACAAUAUGGAUUCAUCCAAGUCAAAUAGUUCAAUGAAAAAUAAUAAUCAUUCAUUUAACUCUCAACAACAUAGCCAACAUCAACAAUUACAACAACAACAAUCACAAUCUAAUAUUCCCUAUCCACAAGAAAAUAUCAUCAAAACCGAAGAAGAUCCAACAUUUCGAGAUUUCGUUGCUGCAGUUGCAUCACAAUCGCAACAUUUGCAACAGCAAAUCAAUUCACAUCAUGCUGCUUCAUUUAAUCCAAAUAUGUUAGUUAGUCCUGGCAAUGGAAGUCAACAUGGUAAUUCUAAUGUUUUAUCGCCUGCAAUUCAACAGCAGCAACAAUCUGUUGAUAGUUACGAUCAGUAUCGUUCGAAUGAACCAAAUGCAAAUGCUGGUUUGCCCAAUAAUGUUGGAAAUGGGGUACCUUCAUCAACUUCAUCAUCUAUGAAAUCUCCUCUAUCAUCAUCACCACCACCUCCCCCGUCUGCAGUUGUUGCAAAUAAUAAUGCAUCAUCUGAAUUAAGUGAUGAACAUAACUUUGCCACCAACAGCAGUGGCAAUAGCAUGAAAAAAGCUCGUGUUCAAAUGUCCAGCAAAUAUCUAGACACAUCAGAUUCAGAUGAUAGUCCAGCUUCAACUAUGAGACAUGCAAAAAUGUUGAGUGACACCAAACAUGCUGCUGCCCAGCAUUUACAUCAAGCUCAUCAGCAUCAACAACAGCAACAACAACAACAAAUUCUACAGCAACAACAAAAACAUCAACAACAAUUUAAUAAAAUGUUCAACAAUGCUCCACGUAACAUGAACUCGAUCAAUCAUACUUCAUCGGCUGCCCAAGCAGGACUCUUUCCAUCGAGUAAUGAUUUUUUGUUUUCGCUCUACCAACAGAUGUCGCCAGCAGCAGCUGCUGCAGCUGUGCAACAACAAGAAAGAAACAUCAAUGCUGCUGCAGCUUCUGCUGCAUCACCAAGUACAGCCCGGAGUUCGGAACAUCUUCUUGGCGAAUUGGUUACAUCAGAAUUAUUAAAAAUGAACAAGGAUCGUCGAAAAACUGUACAAAAGAGAAUCCUUGAGAUAUUAUUCUUUGAAGAUUAAACA